AAUGGAAUAAAAUCCUGUUCCUAUCUUUGAAUAGACAAAAAAUUAAACUAAGUAAAGAAAAGCAAUAGAUUAAGAUAUAAAAACAAAGCUAAUAUUGAGUGUUGUUAAUGAUCGUCUUCCAAUUUAUUAGGUAAUGAAGAAUUACAAUAAUUAAUUAUUUUAGGCAGCUAUCCUCCAUAAAGUUAAAUAUUCAUCUGCUAAACAUAUACUAAGAAAUUACUUUAAUGACUCUGCUAACUUUUUUUCUACCCAAAGAAAAAGAAAGAGAAAAAUACUUUGCAAUAAUGUCUUUGUUUUAAUAGAUGCAUGUUCUGGAAAAAUUACUAUCAAGAAAUAGCAACCUCAUUCAAUAUCCUGUGCUCAUAAUGGAGUCACCCCAAUAUUGCAAUAAAAAUUCAUAAGUUAACUUUCAAAUGCCAUCUAUCAAGAAGUUCACCCAAUUUAAAGUAUAACUAAAUUAUACAGUAUUCUUAGAAAAACUCAGCAGAUAAACAAAUGAAGGAGAACAUAUUCAAAAAGACAUAUAUAAGUUAUUUGAGAUCAUUAAAAAGCAGCAUAACGACAUGACGAAUUUAAAGGAAUAAUAUUGA